AUGAGAUGGAUUAAUGAUGAAUGUCAAGUUAUUUGUGAAACAGUAGCAUUUGGUAUGGGUAUUGAUAAAAAUAAUGUUCGUUUUGUUAUUCAUUUUUCUAUGCUACAAUCAACUGAAGGUUAUUAUCACGAAUCAGGUCGAGCUGGACGUGAUGGUGAAAUUGCUAAUUGUCAUCUUUUCUAUUGUUAUGAAGAUUUUAUUAAAAUGAAACGACUUAUAUUAUAUGAUGAUGAAUUAAAAUGUUCAGUGCAAACAAAACAAGUUCGUAUUAAUAUUAAUCUUGUUUAUGAUUAUUGUCUUAAUAAAGUAAUUUGUCGACGAACACAACUUUUAGAAUAUUUUGGUGAAUUAUUUUCAUCAUCUGAAUGUAAACGUAUAAUGUCAACUGAAUGUGAUAAUUGUCGACAAGUAUAUAAAACAUCAUCUAUUGAUUGUACACGAAUAUCAAUUGAAAUUUUAAAAUUAGUUUCGGAUUUAAAUCAAACAAAUUCAAUAUUAUCUUAUAUUAUUGAUAUAUUACGUGGAAUUAAUAAUAAAACAAUUCGAGAUGCUGGUCAUCAUCGUUUACAUGCAUUUAAUUCAUGUCAUCAAUUAACUCGACUUGAUACCAUUGAUGCUGUUCAUGAAACAAUUGAACAAAUACGACCAAAUCAACAGAAUUCUCAAGCAUCAACCACUGCUAUUCAUUCAUUUACAUUGGAUAAAUCUGAAGAUACCAAAAUGGAUGUGCUUAGAAUGGAAAUUGAAAAUACGAUUAAAAAUAAUAAAUUUACGAAUUCAUUCAAUAUGAAUAGUCUUCAUCCAUUCAAACAUGAUCUAGAAGCUGCAUUAGCUUCAAUAGAUGCUUUUACAGCAGCAUGGAAUGGAGACAAAGAUACAGUACUAGAGUUCGUAAACAAGUAUCCAACACUUAAAGACAAACCUGGUCUACAUGGAACAACUCUAUUAUAUUCAGCAGCCAAAAACAAUUGUGAGAUGCUCGUCAAAUAUCUUAUACAGGAAGCUCAUUGUGCUGUAAAUGCUCAAAAUGAACAACAGCUUGAAGAUGUAUUGCAAAUACAUGUGUCAAGUACAAUUGCAUCAAAUGCAUUAACACGAACAAUAACGCCCGUGCUUCAAAUAAUCUUUCUCAAUCGUAAAGGUUAUCAAAUUAUAGUUUCGUAUAAUACAACAGCAGGCGACAUUACUGGUACUUUUAAUGAAUACUCAAGCAAAACUCAAACAAAAUUACUUUCAUCAUGCUUAUUAUGCAUACGUGAAGCAUGUCUUGCUCUUAUUAAAUUAUCUCGUUGUUUAAAUUUGGAUAAAAACAGAAUAAAACAUUUAUUAGAUCGUAUGCGACGUCUUUUUCCAACAGAUAUUAAAUUACCACGUACUGCUACAGAAUUAAUGAAGAUCAUUGGUAUGUGCAACAAAUAG